AUGCUACUUUCCAACAGCUCUUCUUCCACUGAGGUCUCUGAGUUCUUCCUGAACUGUUUUGUUAGAUCUCCAAUCUGGCAGCGCUGGCUCUCCCUGCCCCUGAGCCUACUUUUCCUCCUGGCCAUGGGGGCCAAUGCCACCCUCCUAAUCACCAUUUGGCUGGAGGCCUCUCUGCAUGAGCCCAUGUACUACCUGCUCAGCCUCCUCUCCCUGCUGGACAUCAUGCUCUGCCUCACUGUCAUCCCCAAGGUCCUGCUCAUCUUCUGGUUUGACCUCAGACCCAUAAGCUUCUCAGCCUGCUUUCUCCAGAUGUAUGUCAUGAACUGCUUCCUGGCCAUGGAGUCUUGUACCUUCCUGAUAAUGGCAUAUGAUAGAUAUGUCGCUAUUUGCCACCCGUUGCGUUACCCAUCCAUAAUUACUGAUCAAUUUGUUGCCAAGGCUGCCAUUUUCAUAGUGGCCCGGAAUGCUCUUGCCACUGUGCCUAUCCCUAUUCUCUCUGCUCGGCUACACUACUGUCAGUACAAUGUCAUUGAGAAUUGUAUUUGUGCCAAUUUGUCAGUGUCCAAACUUUCUUGUGAUAAUGUUACUCUCAAUCGCCUCUACCAAUUCAUUGCUGGCUGGACUAUGCUUGGUUCUGAUCUCAUCCUUAUUUUCCUUUCGUAUAUGUUCAUCCUACAUGCUAUUCUUCAGUUAAAGGUUAAAAGUGCUGCAGUCAAGGCCCUGAGUACCUGUGGCUCCCACUUCAUCCUCAUCCUCUUCUUCAGCACCAUCCUGCUGGUCUUUAUUCUCACCCAUGUAGCCAAGAAGAGAGUUUCUCCUGAUGUACCCAUCUUGCUCAAUGUUCUACACCAUGUCAUCCCAGCUGCUCUCAACCCCAUUGUCUAUGGGGUCCGGACCCAGGAGAUCAAGCAAGGAAUUCUGAAGUUAAUAAGAAAGGGUGUGUCAAAAGGGAAUUAA